UGGGGUCACACCAUCCAACAGUCGCACGAAAAGAAAAUUCGCUAGUGAGGCCUUUGACGAAUUCCCAAGCCCACGUGGACUGCACCGCACCUUAUCAUCUUUUCAACCACUAUAAGAAAGAGUCCGCAAAAUGGUUGCACAAAUACCGUUGCUCAACUCCUGAUUCUCUCUCUCUCUCUCUCCAGCUUCUCUCUCUAGGGUUCUGCCGCCGCUAUCUGGAAAUCAUGGCUCGCCGUAGCUCAGGAAGAUCAGCACCCCGUGCGGCACCUCGUUCUGCACCAGUGCGCAACCCCCCUCAGCCAGCAAGCCGUGCUCCUCCUCCAGCUCCUGUUCAAGGUGGCAGUGGUGGAUCCAUGCUUGGAGGUCUUGGUGCAACAAUAGCUCAAGGCAUGGCAUUUGGCACUGGCAGUGCUGUUGCUCACAGAGCUGUGGAUGCUAUUGUGGGUCCUCGCACUAUUCAACACGAAGCUGUUGUCUCUGAAGCUGUUGCGGCUCCAGCAGCCACCACUAACAGCUUUGGCUCUGACGCUUGUGGUGUGCAUACCAAGGCAUUCCAAGAUUGCCUGAACAGCUCUGGGAAUGAUAUCAGCAAGUGCCAAUUCUAUAUGGAUAUGUUGAGCGAGUGCAAGAGGAACUCUGGUUCUAUGAUGGGUGCAUAAUUACCUACAGUUUCGUUACUCCAUCCUUCUGGCUAGCUGGUGGAAUGUUAGUUGAUUAUGAUGGAGGAAUGGCCUUAAGUUGUUGAUGACCAAUGGACAUGGAGUUGUUUUGAGUACUAAAAUUUGAAUAAUGAUUAAAACUUCUUGCCAUAUGGGCAUGUUCCAACUUUGCAACCUCCAUGACAAUGUUAAGUUUGGACUUUAGGCAAUUGCCUAUUCCUAUUUGCUACAUGGCUAUGCCAUCAUUGUUUGAAUGCUCUGAAUGAGUUAUGUGUUUGUGGGACGUGAUUGUUUAUUUGCCAUAAUUGUGCUUGCAAAUUGGUAUCAAUCUAUUGAUGGUUUGCUC